AUGCUUAAUUCAAUAAAUGGUUAAUUGCUUUUUACAUUAUCAAAUACUAUUGACGGAUUAAUUUCAAUUAAAAAUAUCUUAAUCUCAGCUCUUAACUAUUACACAUCAUGUAAAUAAUACACAGGUCCAAAAUUUAAUUAAUAUACAAGUUGUUAUUAUGGAUUACCUGCAAACAAUAUUUGUUAACCGUGUCCGUUUAAUUGA